AUGGCCUCCCGUAUCGCCUCCCGUCGUUUCCUCUCGACGACCGCCCGUGCGUUCCAGGACCACUCCAAGCAGGAGCUCAAGAAGGACUCCAAGCGCAAUCCCGAGACCCUUGUCCUCGGUGCUGUCAUGGUCGCUGCUCUCGGCGGCGCUGGCUUCUACUUUGGCCGCUCGCCUACGACUUCGACCUCCGAGACCCCCGUCUCCAUCGCCAAGGGCGGCAUGCCCUGGGAGGGCAACGGUACCGGCAAAUACCAGUACCACCCCGGUGGUGAUGCCACCCAGCCUCCCCGCGACGCGCCGUCCGCCCUCAACACCGUGGUUGUCCCCAACGUAACCCUGCCCAGGGAGUUGCACGACAAGUUCAACAAGUGGGGCAAGGACGGCUACCCCUAA